CUGAUUCUCUGAGCCUGAGAAUGGAACGGCAGUGUGUGAGAACGAGAGAGAGCGUAGCGUGCGAGUACUCUGAGUUUCUGACUCCGUCUGCAUACGCAUCAUCAGAAGAGUGUCACUUCAGUUACCGUUGGACGACACGGCAGAUUGUCACCACAGACUAAAAGAGACUUAAUAAGGGAACACGAGAAGAAGAGAAGGAAAGAGACUUUGAGAGCAACAUCUAAUAAAGCCUCUUUUAUUAAGAGAGCACGUCGGGGGACUGACACCAGCAGCCUUUCAGAAGAGUCUUGUGUGCGAGUUUCUGAGCUUUGCUUUCUUGGCUUGGUGCCUCAAAGGUCACCGACCCUCCAAAGUGCCGAGAUGAUCCUGGAGUUCUGUCUAAUCCUGUGGCUAACAGGUCACGGAGUUGAGGCGGUGUUUUCACAGCAGCCCCAGGACUUGGUGGUGGUGGCUGGCCAGCAGGUCACGCUGCCCUGCUCCAUCCCCGGUUACCACGGCGUUGUGCUGUGGAUCAAAGAUGGCCUCGCAUUGGGCGUCGGAAGGGACCUUUCAGGUUACCCUCGAUACGCUGUGGUCGGGGAUCACACUUCGGGCGAGCACCACCUGCGAAUCCAGAGGGUGGAGUUGAUGGAUGAUGCCGUGUUCGAGUGCCAGGCCAUUCAGGCUGCCAUGAGGUCACGUCCUGCCCGACUCACUGUGUUAGUUCCACCUGAAGACCCGGUUAUCACCGGCGGGCCUGUGGUGAGCCUGAGGGCAGGCGACCCUCUCAAUCUGACCUGUCACGCAGACAACGCCAAACCCGCCGCAUCCAUCAUCUGGAUUCGAAAUGCGGAGGUGCUAAAUGGAGCCAUGUAUUCAAAGACUCUUCUUCGAGACGGGAGGAGAGAGAGCACGGUCAGCACCCUCUACAUUUCAGCCUCCAACAUAGAGUCCGGUCAGAAGAUCAUCUGCCGAGCCUCCAACAAGGCAGUUCCCAACGGCAAAGAGACCAGUGUCACUAUCGACAUCCAGCACUUGCCGUUGGUUAAUCUAUCUGUGGAGCCUCAACCGGUUCUGGAAGGAAACCUGGUGAAGUUUCAUUGUUCGGCCAAAGCUAAUCCACCAGUCACUCAAUACAGGUGGGCAAAAGGAGGAAGUGUCAUAAAGGAAGUGUCCGGAGACACCUAUGAGGUCAUCGUGGACCACUCGUUCUUCACAGAGCCAGUUUCUUGUGAGGUCACUAACCCGCUAGGAAGCACCAACAUCAGUCGGAACGUGGACGUCUAUUUCGGACCUCGGAUGGCUGCUGAGCCUCAGUCUUUACAGGUUGACCUGGGAUCAGAUGCCGUGUUCAACUGUGCCUGGACAGGAAACCCAUCUUUAACUAUUGUAUGGAUGAAGAGGGGCUCUGGAGUGGUCCUAAGCAAUGAAAACAUUCUGACGCUGAAGGCCGUCAGGCAGGAGGAUGCUGGGAAGUAUGUGUGCCGUGCGGUGGUCCCUCGCGUUGGCGCUGCGGAGAAGGAGGUCUCGCUCACCGUAAACGGACCUCCAACCAUCUCCAGCACACAGACUCAUCAGGCUCCUCACGGGGAAAAGGGACAAAUCAAAUGUUUCAUCCGUAGCACACCACCCCCGGACCGCAUUGCCUGGUCAUGGAAGGAGACCGUCCUGGAGUCUGGGACGUCAGGUCGCUACACGGUGGAGACAGUGAGCACCGAUGAUGGAGUGCUGUCCACCCUCACCAUGAGCAACAUUGUGCCCGCUGACUUCCAGACCAUCUACAACUGCACCGCCUGGAACAGCUUCGGAUCCGAUACAGAGAUCAUUCGUCUCAAGGAACAAGGUGGGAGCCAAGACUCCCUCCCUGUUGCUGUGAUCAUCGGUGUGGCAGUUGGAGCGUUCGUUGCUUUCAUCGUCCUCAUGGGAACCAUCGGAGCGUUCUGUUGCACGCGCUCUCAAAGAAAAGACGCUCACCUGGUUAUGCCUACACUGCCCACCUCCAUCUGUGCUCAACAGAGAGAACUUGCCAGCAAAAUUAAGACAGAAAACCUCAAAGGUGUGGUAUCAGCCAAGAAUGACAUACGCGUUGAAAUCGUGCACAAGGAUCACAACGCAGCCAGGGAAAACGAAGAGCACUCCACCAUGAAACAGCUCAUGAUUGAGCGAGGAGAGUUUCAGCAGGAGUCGGUUCUGAAGCAACUGGAGGUCCUUCAGGAGGAAGAGAAGGAGUACCAACACAUCAAGGAUCCAACUAAUGGAUACUACAGCGUCAACACCUUCAAGGAGCAUCAUGGCACCCCGACCAUCAAUCUGGCAGGGAACCAGACCACAGAGAUUCGCAGAGAUCCAGGCACUGCCACCACCGGCAAACAGCGUGUCCCCACAGGAAUGUCCUUCACCAACAUCUACUCUACCUUGGGUGCUGGGCCCAACCGCCUGUACGACUACAGCCAACGGUUCGUGCUGGGCAUGGGAAGCAGUUCCAUCGAGUUGUGCGAGAGAGAGUUCCAGCGGGGAUCGAUGAGCGACUCCAGCUCGUUCCUGGACACACAGUGUGACAGCAGCGUAAGCAGUUACAGCAAGCAGGACGGCUACGUGCAGUUCGACAAAGACAGCAAGGCCUCCGCCUCAUCAUCAUCCCAUUACUCUCAAUCUUCAUCGCAGAACUCGGACCUCACACGGCCUCUGCAGAAACGCAUGCAGACCCAUGUCUGACCUGGGCUGCUCGGACAGAAGACAGAAUGAGGAGUCCAGCACUGGGUUUGGCCGAAGGGGGUUGGAAACCUUCAAGGACACAAAUAAGGAACUUGUUCAAGCACAUCCAGCACACUCUAUCAUUUCCCCCUACUUCUCUUCCAUACUGUUUCUUUACGACUUCUUUCCAAAUGUUAUUUAACUGCUCUGAGAAGCCUUACCGUAUUCAGAUCCCUGCUUGAGCCCACAGACUUUCCCAACGGCCUGAACAUCUGGGCCUAAAACUUCCCUUAAACAACCGUGUGCCACAGUGAUGUUACUUGCCAACGUAGAAAGAAGGAUCUCAACCAGUGUCCUUGCUUGUAGUUCCAGUGACUUUGUAACAGCUCUGGAUGUCUAACCUCCAGAGAAAACACAUAGCAACAAAAUGCCAUCGAUGAGGUUUUUGAAAAGAGCUGAUGAAGGCUACAGACUCUUCACUAGAGGACAAUGCUCUUUUGCUCCUGUACAUUUAAGCACAACUGUCAAAGUUGUACAGUAUGUAAGAUUUCUCAAUGCCACUCCUUUACCACAGCUGGCGAAACAAAAGGAAAGCAGAACAAAAGGACAACGUGUAGACAAUGAUAUAACUAACGUCAGUCAAAAUCGUUGAACUCUCGCCUUUCUGAGAAUAGGUUCACCUGACAAUAACGUGAGAAAGAUUCUGAGCUGUUGGUUUACUAUUCAAAUAUAGCCUAUAGUUGUAUACUGUGUUGAUCUUUCCUUCCUUAUUUCUUCAUGGACAUUCUUUAUAAUCAACAUCUUAGCAUUAUGGUUUAAAUUCAUUGACUGUUCGAUUUGGGAUAAUGUAAUUUUUUCUACUUUGCCUCGAGUGGACCUUUUGAAGGUCAAAUAUGAGAGGAGACGCGUUCCACUGUUUUUUAAAGCUGAAGUGUGUAUUCUAUGUACCACCAGAGUCAUCCAAUAGAAUUGCAGAUAAUAACCAGGUUUCUUGAAUGCCAUUGGACAAACAGGGUUAUCUGUUUUGAUUGAGCCAAUGUUGAAGUAUCGGGCUGGUCAGAAUGCCUAUGUGUAAUGUGUACAGCAAUCUGUUCAUAGCACCACAGAGACGCAAUGUUUACACAUUUUGGGAUAAUCAUCCUACAAAUAGCAUACUUAUAAACUGGUCUUUGCAUAUUUUAGUUCUUUAACGUGGCAAGAAAUGACACACUUAAGCUUUAUACAGCAUUAUUUUUGGAAGGAUUUGGUGUGGAUAAUGCACUUGGAAAUAAUGAUGUUUAAACAAAGAAACACUAUGUACCGUCCUGUAAUGUGAAGUUAAAUUAUAUUGCUUCAAAUGCAACCUUACAAUUCAUAAAAUGCCAUUGAACUUGUGCUAGAUUUAUUUUUAAAUUGCUUAAUAAUCUUGCAAAAAACAAAUUUAGUUGAUUAAGGUCUAAGUAGAUGUUACGAACAUGUACAUUUUGCUCUGGUUUGAAUCUCCUUCAUGUGAGUGACACUGGACCGUAUCGCGUUGUGUUCUCUCACUGUUAUAAGUGAGCAGAUUGUGUACAUUUUUUGAACGGGAUGUGGGGGGUGGGGCUGGAUUCAUGCUUAAUGUAAAUGUAUGUUGUUUUUCUGUUUCAGUUGUUUCAAUUCUUAGCCUUUUCGUCUUCAGAACUGAAAUUGCAACCUAUGACACUACUGAUAACUCUACACUUGUUAGAUAAAAUCGUUGGUAGUCCCUAAAGCAGUGUACUGAAAUCAAUAGCUAUGUACUGUAUAACAGGAUGUGCAGAAAGACACACAAACAGUUUAAUCAAUAUCCUGCUGAAAAUGUUUUGAAUGCCAUGCGAGAAACAAGAAGAGACGUGCCCAGUAAUGGUGUCUAAUAAAACUAAACCUCCGACAGUAGCUGAAGUUUUAAAAAGGAAACCAUGUCCAUCUUUGUAUCACUAAACCAACUACACAUACAGACAGAUUUGAAAUCUUGCAUCUGUUGCAAAAAUAUGAAUCAGAUGCAAUUUUAAGAUUUUGGCCAAAAUAUUUAGUCCAUAUGCUUCCCAUCUGCAAAGAUUCCAUAUCAUUGAUUUUACCAUUUCUCAAAUCGUUCAAAAGUUCAGUGAGGCAAAAAAUUAAAAUUGUUGCUAUAUGUAGUGUCAAAACAAAAAACAUCCAUUAUAAAUGGUGUUACAUUAAGUCUUAUAACAAGGUUCAGACUCAUCCCAGUUUGAGCGCCAACUGUACUUACACCAUACCAACACACUUACACCACAACAUACCAACACUUCAUCCCUGCCAACGUUUUUUCUGGGCGCUCUGAAUCCAUAUAGGUGACUAACCUCUACAGACUCAAUCUGUGCUCCCCUGUGACCACACAAACACAGAUUAAGUGCGAAAGCCAUCAGUGUGUUUAGCUUAUCAACGGCUCCGACACUCCACGCUUUUAUCUCCUCUUGAAGUUAUCUCCCAUUCUCCCCUGAUAAUAAAGAUAAAUAUGACCAGAGGCUUUCCCUAACAUAAACGAGGACAGCCUCUCUCACUUGAACUGCAAAAAUCUUCAAGUUUUAACCCAGAGGAUGAGGUUUGAUUUGUAGCAAUCUGACAAUUCCUCCCUCCGCCCUAGUACAAGAAUCAGUCGCUGCUGUAAGCACUAUACGUAUGAUUGUAUUUGUGGCAUUUCAGUGGGUUUCAUACAUGAGUGCUACUGGAUGAGUCUAAUUUUACAAAUGGAUUGGUGCCCAACUUGGGGCUUAAACUCGACAAGGCCUGUUUCAGUGCUGAUAAUACAGCUCACAGUCCUCGCUACACUGUAUAUAAAUCCCCCGAGUGCUCAGUGUGUAAAAUUGCAGUUAUUUGGCUUUGUUCUUUAGUCAAUUUGAGUCGUAAAGGCCUGAGAGCAAAUCGCACUAUUGAUACUGUACAAGCGAUCGCUCUCAUUUAUAUUUUCCUCACGGUAGGCUGAAGCUUACUUUGGAAAUGACGUGUUGAAAAUUCAGUGAGUAUAACUUAUUCUGGUUUAGUACUAUGAUACUGUUGAAACUCCAAUGACUUUUCAACAUUGCCUGGUUUUUCAAGUUUUCAAUGACAAUGGGAACCCUGUAAGGUUCCCUAUAAACUCAUAUUGUAUCAAUCGCAGAUUCAUUCAUUUCAAAAUGUUUCAAACACAGUUUGGUAAUGAUGUCAUAUGUUAAUGUCACAUUAGCAUGACAGUGGACUAUAAAAUAGAAACACUCACCUCCGAACCAUGACUGACUUGACAUGAAGUUGCCCAAAUUCCCCUUCUGCCACUGCGGUAAUUUCCACUUUACAAUCCUAACAGAGCCAUAUGGAUAGUUAUUCUUUGGCAUGAACAUAUGUGAUUGCAAAUAACACCAUAUGGACUGGUUUACGUAAACUUGAUACAAUCUUAAAGAAAGAGCAUUGAAACUCAGUAAUAUUCCUCAGGUCCUUUAUAGUCAACAUUUACAUUAAGACGCUGCAACCCUGUGCCAGAAUCAACAUGGUGGCAGUGUGCAAAUAUUGGAUUAGAGGCUGUUGUUCUGUGUUUGACUAGCACUCAGAACUCUUUUGUAGUAUGUGUAUGCUCUUAUCAUCCAGCCCUGUUUCGAGCUUCUGGACAGCAAGUCUUGCUCGCCCCAGGCACUGGAUGGUCAUACACUUACAACCAAACCAAACAGAUGAACAAAUAUCACUUCAGAUGAUAGGCCAGGGUCAUUGCCAGCCGGGGAUAGCAGACCACAUUUAUGAGUAUUCUGUUUCUCCCCUGACAUUUUAGCACAGCCGGGCGGGCUACCGGCUGAUGAAAUGCUAUGAAUUCCCCUCCCUCGACGAUUCUGGUUUAUAUAGGCAUCUCCAUUAUGACGAUCCCCAAGAGAAACGGUCACAGUCUAGACUGCAUAGGCAUAUUAUUGUGUGAUAUUUUCUGUACCUGGCGGACACAUUGCAUCGGUGAUUUGCGCUUUGUAAAAACUUGCUCAUUCUGAAUCUUGCAAACGUACUAUAGAGGGGAAUAUGACGAACGGCUCUCUCCAAAAUGUUUGCAUCAAUUGAGUCUUGAGACUUUUUUUAACAUAACCCAGGCACUUUCUACAUCGUUUUUAUAUUUUUAAUUUGUUACCAUAAGAUAAUAUCUUAUCGUUUUUCAGUGCCAUUAUACUGUUGUAACAGAGAUGGUGUGUACACAGAUGUCGAGAAAAUCAAUCCAGCAAUUCUGAAGUUAUUAGACUGUAAUGUACCGCGGUUAUAAAAAAGGUUCACUACUAUUUUCUUGCAGUUACUCUCUCUAUCAGUAAAAGCAUUAAAAAGAUGUACUUUACCUGUAACGGUCUGUGAUCUUAUGAUGCUUUGGCUCUGUACAUUUCUGAAAGAAAAUUGAAAAUCGU